AUGGACGUCGCCCCUGUGCGGCCUUUGCAGCGCCCGCGGGAAAGCCCUCUCCCGGGCGCCGGGGCGCCCCCGCCGUGGGCACCCCGGGGAUUUGAGCGAUUCCACUUUGGGCUGUUUGCAUCUGCAUCCCACCCGGGCCUGCUUUCCUCCUUCUCCGGCGCCUUAGCCCUGGUCCUGGCGAGGAAGCCACGGAGGGCGCCCUGCACAUCCUGGGCAGGCGGAACAGGGUCCGUAGAUGUCAGAAGCAGGACAAGCGUGCGAGGGCGAAGGCACCGCACGGCCCGUGCCGCACGCUCUGUGAGCGUGGUGGUGGAGAAGUCGGUGAGGCAGGAGCUGCCGAAGUGCGACGCGCGGUGGAUGGAGCAGCUACUGCAAGCCAGGGCAGCGGAAGUCCUCUUCAAUGGCGUGGAGCGGACGGAGCCAGCAGCUGAAGACCUGAUCUACCUGUACUUUCCGUCUUUGGAUGUCGGCCCUUACAGCACCCAGGUGCGCAUGACCUGCCGCAUCAACCUCAAGCCACAGCGGGCUGAGGUGCAGGUCUUGGAAAUCAACCCCGGCCUACGCGACAAGCGCACGGGCGACGUCGAGUACCAGAAGGAUUUGGACAAGCUGCUCGAGGCCAACGCUGAGAUAGUGCUCCGCUGGCAAGAUGAUCCGCGCUCGAACGGCCUGCGGAUCGUGCAGCAGGCUCUCCAGCGCUUCAAGUACUACCUGCCUGGCUGGUUUCCAGUGCCAGAUUCGGUGACAGAAGCUGUGCUGAGGACCUUCAUCACCAGCGCCAUCAACGCCGGCCAGGUUGAAGUGUUCAGGUUGCUCUUUUGGCAGCAGGCUCGUGUCUCAGAGGGCAGAGGCCUCGGGAAGCGCUCCGCCACGACGGCCGGCCUGCAGGGCCCAGCCUUGCGAGCCGAGCGGCUCCUCUUCUUUUACAUGGGGCUGUCCGUGGCGCUGGUCCUGUCGAUCAUCGUGCUGAUGGCGCUGCCUGCCAAGGACCCCGCUACUUUCUCGAAGAACUAUUUCCUCUGCAGCUUUCCGGUGUUUCGAGUUUGCCUCAGUCUCGUCUUGGUUAUCGUCGGCAUGGCCACCGUGGCCCGGGUGUGUGAGGACAACUUUGUGAAUCACUUUUUCAUCUUGACCAUCGACCCACGAUGUCGGAUUAGCCCCAACUUCCUCUUCACCUGGGCCAUGCUGCUGAGCUCCGCGUGGAUCCUGAUUUUCGGCACGUACGUUGUUGACUACAAGUGGAUGGUUCUCCCUCUGGCCCGGGCCACAGUUGACGUCCGCAGCACCAGUAUUGCGCAUGCUGACACCGCCGUUCCACGCGCAGGCCCAGACCGCGAGUGGACUCUGCUUGUAGCAAGAAGCUUCAUGCCCCUCUCAGCUCCAGUGACUUGUGGAGCCGAUCAGGAUGAGGAUGACUUCUGGCAAGAGUACGAGCGGAGGGAGUUCGACUCGUUUGCCUUCCCUCCAGCCAAGCUGUGCCCAGCCUUGUGUGCCUCCACGAGGGCCACCAGCACUUCUGGGGACGAGGAUGAAGGACUUCCGCGUCGGCGCUACCAGGGUCAGAAACAUUGCUGGGAUGAAGCUGAUGGCGCAGGCAUCAAGGUGCGCGGCCCGAACUACUUGCACGAUCGGAGGAAGUGCCAGACUGAGAGCCCAAUGUUGGCACUGAGCUUCGUGGACGUCUUCCGUGGCAGGGAUCUGGAGUGCUUUAGCCGCAGCCAAAGGUUUCACUUUCAAGACCAGCCAAGCUUCUCGCUGAUCCUGAACUUCCGCCUCCCGGACUCGCAGCUUGUGGCCUGCUGGUCCGUGCCCGAGGACGCCGAGUGGCGGGAGUCGGCACAGGGCAAGCUCCUUCAGAGGUUCCUGCAAGAGAUGGCCGCUCCCGAGCGUGACAAGCGCCUGAAGCUCAUCGCGAGAGUUCUGGAGGGCUCCUUCAUGCUGAAGCAGGCAGUGGGGAGCAAGCCGGCCAUCAUCGCAAAUCAGUGCAGAAUCACGUACUUUGAGCAGAAGGAAUUCCUCGAGGCUUCCGUUGACAUGGCGGAUUCGGCUAUGGGCCGAAGGCUGCGAGGCAUCUUUGCCGAUGGCUCCUCGGCCCUGGAACUCUUCGUGUUACUUGAGGGCCUGCAGCCUGACGAGCUGCCCGAGCGCCUGCUUGGUGGGCUGGCCCUGUGCCACGUCGACAUGCGCAACGUGGCCGAGCCUGGUCUGGUCGUCAUCGACCAGGUUGGAGCGCGCCUCGUGGCACUACGUCCUGCUCCGUUUUACGCUGUCAGCUUCUGUGACAACAUGAUCGGUGAUGUGCUAACGAGUCUGGCCAGACCCCUUCGGGAUGUGCCGGCGGCCAUUUGUUACCUCAGCUCCCAUCAUCCACAGCUGCAGUCGUCCAUGGAACGGUUCAUCCGCAACGGGAGCACAUGCCCGGCUUGGGAGACGCACUACGUGCAGCCACUGAUAGGAGGGGCUCCUUUCUGGUUCCGGCUGCUCCAGUGCGCGCGCAGGUACUAUGACACUGGCCAAAGCCGCCAUCUGUUAAACCUGGGGAAGUACGCUGCCAGCCUUCUCGUGGUCGUGAUCAGCAAGACAGGUUACGAGACGUGGGUCGUUGUGCUGGUCUCGGCGGUCGCCACGCUCUAUGCGGCGAUUUGGGACGUCACCAUGGAUUGGGGCCUGGGCUUCGAGGAGGUUUUUUUGGGCCGCUUCAACGCCAUGCAGGGUGAGGGUGCCCGGAUGCUGGCCAGCCCCCGAAGCUACACGGGCGAGGCCCCCCCUUCACCGCAGUCCGGCUCUUGGCACGACUUGAUGGGCCCCACGCGGCCCAGCCAGCCCCAAAGGCAUUUCCCCCGAAGCCUCUACUACACCUUCAUUCUCAUGGACAUCGCCUUGCGGCUGACGUGGGUGCUCACCCUGAUGCCUGUCACGAUCCUGUCUGAAGACAUUGUGGUUCGCGAGAUCCUUCAUUGCUUCAUGACCGUGGCCGAGAUAUUCCGCCGCACCUUCUGGGCGAUCCUGCGUAUUGAGUAUGAGCAGGUGGCAAAUGCCAGUGGCUACCGAGCCUUGCUGUGGGUUCCUAUGAAAGUGGGACAGCGCGCCGGCGAGACGGAGGUACGGUCCGCGAGGAGCAGGAGAAGCAGCUUCGCGCAGCGGUUGCUCCACUAG